UUUUCCCCUAAAGAGAGUCUGAACUCAAGAUGGCUGACACUUGUUGGUUUUGAUAUUUUGUAAGCGAUUAUUUCGAAGUUUUAGUUGUUUCGCCGAACUAUUUUUUUAAUUUUCGACUGAUGUGUUAGUGCUUUUCUUGUGCGGUGCCCGAGUUUUCCGAAAAAUCUUAUGCAGUAAUGUUAUUUAGUGAAUUAUUUGGAAAUGACUGCUUCCGUGGACAUUCAUUAUUUACUAUUUUGUGGUGUAAAUAUUGGAUUAUUGUACAUCUAAAUGGAUAACUCAUCGACACCAACAGAUCGCAACAGCCCAUCUUUGUGCAUGAACGGUUCCAUGAGGCGGCCGUCUCCAAGUCCUGGCACGCCAGUCUCGGGCGGUGUGGGGCGGCCGGCCUCCCUUAUGGAUCAUGCUCAAAGCCAACAGCACGUGGUGCGCGUCGUAGUGAAUAGGGAUGAGAAAGGGUACGGGAUGAAAGUAUCCGGCGACAACCCCGUCUAUGUACAAAGUGUAAAAGAAGGUGGUGCAGCAGAGAAAGCUGGUCUUCACGCCGGGGAUAAAAUCGUCAAAGUCAAUGGGGUUAAUGUAAUGCAAUCGACGCACACCCAGGUUGUUGCCCUCAUUAAGUCUUCCUCUCAAGUGGUAUUAACAGUGCAGCAAAGAUCCAAUAUUCAAAGGAAUAUGGGAUCCCCAGGUCAUGUUCGACCGGUUACUACUCCUACGUCUUCGCGAAUAACAGGACCACAGCCUGUUGAUAACGAAAAACAGUAUCAACUGCAGCUAGAAAAAGAGCAGUACUAUAAAUUAAUGAUAGAAAAAGAGCAGCACUACAUAGACCUUCUGCGCAGCCAAAUAGCUUCAUCUACUUCUCCAGACGAAAAGAAGUGCCAGGAAUUACUUAAGACAGAGAAAAACCUCCAUACAUUGCGGGCGAUGUUACAACGAAAUCAAAGCGAGCAACACUCUCCGUCCACAGAGUCCUCUUCUUCCCCCAAAAAGUACACACCCACAUCCCCAAACGGAAACUCCGACACACCGCCCCCUCUCCCGAAAAGAAAUAACCCUAACAUACGUCAAAGGGCCUCGACAGAUCCUAACAAACGUACCUUGCCAUACAUUAACGGCAAAGUGCCUUUGGAUGUUAACUUCAUCAAUAACGAAAUUAACGCUAACACGCCUAAGAGUCCUCAGAGGAAAACUAAACCACCAGUAGGUCCUUUGGUGCUCAGUUCCUCUGAAAAACCUCCUCCUUUGCCUCCCAGAUCCUCACAUUCCGCUCCUGUUCCCUUGGAGGACGCGGUCAACUCGAUAAAUAAACAAAUGUCGUAUCCGUUAGUGGCUACAUGUGCUACAUUAGUAAAUGAUUCUCCAACUCACCACAGAACAAAAUCGAGUCCCGAAGCUUUAUCGGGUCUCACAACAAACGAGGGUCAUCUGAAAACUUCCGAGAGUCUGAACGAUUUGAAUCGACAAGAAGAUUGGGAAACUCCGCCGGGUACACCGCCACCACCGUAUCCUAGUCCACAGGCAACAAGAAGAGAAGGGAUUGGUGGAAAUGAUGACCACCAUUUCGAUGAGAGCUUCACAGACUCUCCCGAUACUUCAUUUCGAAGUAAUGGAACUAGAGUUUUAGCCAACAGUUCUCCCAUUCAUGCAGCUACUCCUCAAACUUCCCAACAACCCAUCAUGAGUAUGGAGGAUGAUGAAAUCUCAGAUCAAGAAAUUAGCCAAUUGGAAGACCAUGGACAUUUUAAGUCAUUGUCCAGACUUUGGGAACAUUUACCACAUCUUGCAGUAUUUAUGAACUAUAUACUGUCGAAUUCUGAUCCUAACGGCCUAAUGUUUUACCUUUUGACUGACCUGUAUAAAGAAGGUAACGCCAAAGAAAUGAGGAAGUGGGCUUUCGAAAUUCAUUCCUGUUUUCUGGUGCCUGGAGCGCCACUCAGAUUGGGCAACGUAGACGAAAAUAUCGCACGCGAAAUUGACGAAGUGCUCACGAGGGAAUUCGACAAAGAAGAAAUUCUCCGGAAAAUCUUCUGGAAAGCACGAUCUCGAGCCAAAGAAGAAUUAACCAAACAAUUAGCUGACUUUCAACAAAAACGAACCGCAGGAUUAGGUACUAUCUACGGUCCCACCGACCAAGCCCUCGCCGAAGUUUACUACGAUAAAACGAAGGAGAUUAAAUUGUACGAAAAUUUAUUUUUGGAAAAGCUGGAUCCCUAUUUGGAGGAGAUCGAGAAAGAGUGUUAUGAUACCAGGAGGUAUUAUAUGGCUGCUGCCCUAACGACUGUGCUUAGUAGAAUAUUUCAAAUUCGUCCACCGGCUGCCCAUGCCUUAGAUAGGUGCCCUACUUUUGUUAAUAAAGAAAAGUCGUUUAGGACGAAGUUUAUUGGAAAAUAUUCUCGAAAGCUAAAUAUUAUGGGCCAUCAAUUUGUAGCGCAACAAUACUAUACUGUGAUAUUUUGUAGCAACUGCCAACAAAUAUUAUAUGGAAUUGGUCCACAAGGAUACCAGUGCUCAGCUUGCCUUAUAAACUUACAUAGGCAUUGCGUUCGACAGUUUGAAGAUAGUUGUCCCGGACCAAUAACCAAGAAAGAUAGAAGCAUAAUGAAGUUAAUAGGAAUGCGACACGACACCAAUGAACAUAAUAGGAUGAAGAAGAAUUCCCAGUUUCUCCAAAUGGAAAGGGACCGAAGGCAAGCUGAAGAAAAUAACAGUAGCUUUGAUCUCAACGAAGGAGCAGAAGUAAAGCAAUCGCACCCCGUAUCUCGGAGUGGGUCUGACAGGCGACCGGAUGCGGUACGUGAAGAGGGCAUAAAACAACAAGAGUCCUCGAAAACUGAGUCCUCCCACGAUGUGCCCAACGAUAGAAUGGAGGCCGCCAACAUGGUCAGCAGUACCAUUCUUCCAGCUGCGGGAAACCAUAGGAAACACAAUAGCAAUAUCAAUAGGUCAGAAAGUGUAAAGGAACAGUCAGAAAAGAGGAAACAAAGACGGAACAUCAGUGAUCCCUCGCACAACACUACCACCACGGUUGCAAGUUCUAUUUUUUAUAGUGGCGAUGUUGAUUUGGAAAGAUCCACAGCUUUAUCCCAUACAGAAUCAGGGAGUUCCUCCAAUUCCAGUAUAUCCUGCAAUGGCCGCCUCUCGGAGAGUCCAAGUAACAGCGUGGAUGCUGUCACUCAGGAUUCCGCCAGACGAGGAACUUUGGAUUCGGACAGUGAUAUUGAUGCCGAAUCUGAACAGUGGCAAAAUUUAGGAUAUCAAGAAGAAUUGAAAAACCUUCCUCCACAUGAGAAAAAAAGACAUGAUGUGAUAAAUGAACUCUUCCAUACCGAAAGCUCGCACGUAAGAAACCUGAAGGUUCUCUACAAGAUCUUUUAUAAAAAAAUCCAAGAGAGUCAUACCCUAAAACCAGACGAGCUAAAUCUAAUAUUUCCAAACAUUAAAGAAAUUCUCGAUAUCCACACAGAUUUCAAUAAAGAAAUGAGAAAAAGGCGAAGGGAGGACGCCAUAGUAAGAGAAGUAGGAAGCCUAUUAGCAAACAUGUUCGGUGAACGAGAUGGAGAGUCGUUAAAGAAGGCCGCGGCAACGUUUUGUGAGAGGCAACAGAUGGCGCUGGAAUUUAUUAAGAAGAGACGGGAAAGGGAUUCUAAGUUCGAUGCUGUGCUUACGGAGUGUGAAAAGAAGAGGCAGUGCAGGCGGUUACCUUUCCAAGGAAUUCUGCCAACAGAAAUGCAGAGGCUUACCAAAUACCCCCUUCUUAUUGAAAGGCUGAUGCAUAGCGUGGAAUCAAAUAAAGACAACGAUCAAGCGCUUAGUCAACUAGAGGAGCUAGCGAAUUUGAAAAGGGCUCAUCAGAUGUCCAAAGAGAUCUUGAACCAGGUCAACGAAGCAGCCAAACUAGCACAUAACAAACACAGGCUGGAAGAAAUACAGAAACAUUUGGAUACCAGCGGAUUCGAGAGAUCUGAGCAACCAAUAGCACAAGAAUUUAGGACUUUAGAUUUAUCGAAAUUUAGAUUAAUUUUAGAAGGGAGUAUGCAGCUAAGGCGGCCUAAUAAACCUAUAGUACCAGUUCAUAUAUUACUUCUAGAGGAAGCGGUUAUGAUCCUCCACAGGGAUAGUGACAGGUUUCUCCUGAAAUUCUUCCAGUCCGGUUUGCAGGCACAACCCCAACCCCUUUCGCCAAUUAUUAAGAUGAAUAUGCUUUUAACUAGGGCCAAUGCUGUGUGUAAAAACGCGCUUUUUCUUGUUAACACUUCAGCCAACAAUAGUCAAAUGUAUGAUUUAGUAGUAGAAGAUGAAAUCAAAAGAGAAAUGUGGUUUAAACAUUUCACCGACGCAACAGAAUCCUACAACAAACGCCAAGGUAAAUCCCUGGACCGCCAAGAUCCCGCUUCCGAUUCGGAAACUGAAAGCGUCCAGGAUCUUCCACCAGCGGAGGACGUCUCCGAGCGAGCUGAGACCGUUGGAGGUGAGGAAAGCUCAUCGGAACCGGUCAGCGACCUACCCAGUGCCGAAACACAGGAGAAAGAACCCGACGUCGCUGAAGGGGAGAGUAAAGAGGACAACGUCGAUGCGACUUGUUCUUCGCCAGAAAUGGUUGCUGGUGGUGGUAUACAAUCGACAAAAGUUAGCGCAGAAGAAUGGCCUUUAAUUCAACCGUCGCAAGUCAGCGUGGCAGUGCCUCCAGUUCACGUCGCCGAGUCCAUGCUCACACCGCUAGGUAUGCACAACACUCACUCUGCACUUGAUUGCUUGUGUGAUAUUGAUACUAACAAUGUACAAAACGAACACGAUCAUGCAGAACAAAUUCGCCGCAAAGAUGCUAUGGUAAAACAAGCAUUGGAGGACAAAGAAGGCCUAGUAGCGGACAUGUUGAGCAUACCUCGCGAACACUUCGAACAUAUCGCUGAUAUGGCAUCCAUGGACCCCUCCAAUGGACGAGAUCCAUCGGAGAGGGUCCUCGCAUCUAUUUUCCAAGUCAAUCUGUUACAGAAGGCUGUGAACGAUUCGCUGAACAUAACGGAAUUGGACGCCAUGGCUGCCAAAGGCGGAAAACAUCAGACCUGUGCCAGUCAACAGGAAGUCAUUGGAGAAACAGUGACUGCUCCCACUGUGCCCACUAGUUUAGUUAGGGAAAUAGCCAGCUCUCUUAAUUCGCAGCUUACAACCCUUUUGAGCGAAGUGAAACAAAUCGAAGAGGAGAGAGAUAGGCUAAGAAAGGAAUUGCACAGAGUUAGGGAACGGUUACAUGAAGAACACAACCUUCAUAGUCCUUUACCAGUUGACGAUGACAAUAUCACAGAUUGUGCCUCGGAGCAAAGUACUUGUAAUGACAGUUUACAGAUUGUAUCAAAGAGUGACUGCGAAGAGGAAGAACAGUGAAGAGACCAGUAUCUUAUACAAUUCUGGCCUUACGGAUUUUUAUUGUACUAAAACGAUUUUGUCCUUUGCAUAGAUAAUCUGAAAGUGUACAUUAAUAUAAUAUAUACAUAACUGUAACAACAAGAGAAUUGAUAUAACGGUAUUAUACAUACACUAUUUUUUAUAACGAACAAAGGAAACAAUGUGAUUUUACACACGAAAGUUUUCCUUGGUAUGUUCAAGCGACUUUAAAUUGAGAAACCUACGGAGGAACCUGUGGUCAUAUUUUAAAGUCAGUGCAAUAAUGCUUAUGUAGUUGUUCAUUAUUAUAAGUCGCUAGGAAAUGCUAGAUACGACAACUGUAUUUAUAUGUACAUAAUGUAGCAUAGGUUUAUAUAAUUUUGUUAUUGUAUUGUAUGCUACUUCCAGAAAGUAACUCUCGCAUAUGUAAGAGAUGUUUAUAACUAUACAUAUCUUGUUUAGUUGUAUCUAUGGCUAUAGCCUAUGGCGUUAUCUAUUUAGUGUACUUGAAAGCACAACUUCCUGUUUUUAUACAAAUGUUUGCAAUAGUCAUUGCUUUUUGGACAAUACAGCAGAAAUGAACCUGGUCCACCACAAAAAUAUCGUCAUAAUAAACUAAUAUAAAUCUUCAUACUAUCGUCUAGACUAGAAACAACAAUUACAGUUACAGAAAGAAUUUUUAAAAUUCGGUCUUCAUCUUGACAUUUAUUAGAGUCGUUGUCAAGUUAUUUUUUGAUGGACAGUGGCAAUAUCCCAUUGAUAACAUUUCUACACUUUGAACCUCUCACUACACUCCGAUUAAAUCUAGACUAUCCCUUAAUUGUGAUAUUAUCUCCUCCUCCUCCUAAGUGCCUUCUCUAUUGAGAUUGGCGAUCAAUAUGGAGAAUUUCUUUCUGUUCUGGGCUUGAUGAAUUAAAUCAUUUCCUGUUGUGUAGGUCCAAUCUCUGAUGUUUCGUAGCCAAGAUUUUUUCUUUCUUCCUAUAGCCCUUUUACCUUCGAUCUUGGCUUUCAAUAUUAACUGGAGUUGCUCAAAUUCCUUAUGGCGCAUUACGAUAGUAUUGACCAGAUGAUAAUGUGUAUUCAUUCUUUUCAGUACUUCUGCAUUCGUAGUUCUGCUGGUCCAGCUUAUUCUUAACAUUCGGCGCUACAUCCACAUUUCGAAUGAAUUCAAUUUGUUGAUGUCAUGCUGUUUUAAUGUCCAAGUGUCACAGCCAUAAUAAAGUAAUAGAGACCACACAUAACACUUUAGCGUUCUCAAUCUUAUUAGGACUGAUAGCUUGGGGUUACAGAACAUUUUACGCAUGUUCAUGAAAUCAGACUUGCUAUCUCAAUGCGUCCUCUAAUUUCUUUUGAGUGGUCUAGUUGACUAUUUAACUAUCUGCCCAGGUAUAUGAAGCUUUGGGAACUCUGAAGGGUGAUACCAUUUAUUUGUAUGUUGGGUGUAAUUUUUGUUCAUGGGGUUUUUGUGGAAUACCAUAAUUUUGGUUUUGGAAAAGUUAAUGUCCAAGCCCAGCCUGUGACUUUCUUCUGAUAAUAUAUUCAUCCUGAUAUUAUCUACGCUAGUGAUAUCUUCCACAAUAAGUCUAAAUAUUUUGAUCUAUUCCAGUUUUGCUAUUUAAUUCUAUCCAGUUCUGCCAUAAUUCUAUUAUGAUUUAAUCAUGAUAUUGUCUUCAGUAUUGAGAUUUUAACUGUUAGCAAUAAUUAUUUCUCUUUUCUCUGUAAGUCGUUUUCCUGUUUUGUAAACAAUAAUUGCAAGGCGUAAUUGAUUCUACGAAUAUUAUAUAUCUAGCGUCAUUAUUGUCUUUAAAGUCUUUGAUUCGGAAUUUUUGCCAUUGGCUUGUUUCUCUGUCUAUCCAGAAACUCGUUUUUUUGCUAUCCCAGGUUUAUAAUAUUUCAAGACAUAGUUCAAAUUGUGUUUGCUAUGGAAAAAGCCUCAAAUAAGAGAAAUAUUCAUUAACGUUUAUGACUUCCAACUGAAAAGGUGGUGUCAACAAUAGUUUUGACAAUAAACCCUUAUGCCAAAAAUACAAAUUUUUCUGUUUUUUUACUGAUUAUUCCAACACAAGCAACUGAUAAAUCGCAACUUUUGAUACCAUUUAAUUCUUAAGAGCUCUUACGUACAUAUAAUUGACAAAACCAAUAUGGUUUGUCAAAUAUGUUGAAUAUGAUAAUAGAUUCAAUGUAAAAAUGUAUUAGAACAAUAUUUUUUUGCUGAUAUUAGAUAUAAGCUUGUUACAUGCUACAUAUUUUUCAUGUAAACUAUAUAUUGUUUUAUUAAAUGUUUGUAAUAUGUAUCAUGUUGAAACUUUAUCUACCACGUAAUCAAAUAAAUAUAUCGUUAGUAUAUAGAGUGUUUUUUGGUAUUUACUAAUUCUCUCUUAUAUUAAUUUAAACGUGUGGAAGAUGUAGCCUCGGGUUUUCAUUACGAUACAGUAAUUUUAUUUGAAGAGUUCCUUUGUGGAAGUACGGUUUAGUAUACAGAGUAUAUCACAAUGAACCUCGAAGGAAUCAAAAGACUUUCAACUGUGCAUUGAAAAGAAAUAUUUUUAAAGUAAAUUUUAUUUUGUUUUAUUUAACUAGGAAUAGCAUCGUGUCAUAUUCUGUAUAUAUAAUAUAUUAUUUAUAACAGUCUUCAUUUUACCUGAUAAUAGUAUUCUAUUUAUUUGUUAUCAAUUUUGUGUUUUUUAUUCAAUUGGAGUAUUUUAAGGAUUGUGGGUGUUAUACGAUUCUAUUAUCAUUUUUUUUAAACGAAACAGUGAAUAAUAAUACGAGUGUAACUGUUUUUACUUCGUGGAAAAGUUUCCACUCUAUAAAAAUCGCAAAUUAAAAAGGUUCUUUGGACUUCUUGUAUUGUUAAAAAACAUGAAAAUACUAAGUCUGUUAUAGUGUGUACUAGCUUCAUGAGCGUAUAUUGAAAUGCUGUUUGGUGGAUCUACAAUGCACAAUUUUGUAAAAAUGCGUGUUGAGAAAUUUCACACCAAUCAAUAUAAGUAGUGGAUUUGUUUGAUAUAUUUUACUUUGUUACUUAUCUUGUCCUGAUGCUUUACAUUAUGUCUACUUUGCACAAUCCAUUCGUUUUUCUAUAAGUUUUGGCCUACUUCUUCGUCUACUCCACAUUAGUUGUGGCAUAAGAUUCAUAUAUAUCUCAUUCAUAUCUCCGGGUAUCUAUUUCUGAAUAUCAUCUCUACUUCAUUAAUCCAAACUUAUCGAUCUUGAUCUAGAAUUCUAGAUUCCUGUGUUUUAUCUCCUUAAGUUUUUUGGUGUUUAUAUUGCUUACAAUAUAUGCUGUCGUUUCAGUUUAUUAUCUAUUUGUUUGGUGUUUUCUUGCGAAUUUGAACUAGUAUAAUAGGAAUCGAGUAGCACAGAGUGAACAAGUAAACCUUGAUUAAUUUUUGAAUGGUAUCAGUAUUUAUAGAUUAAAAUUAUUAAGUCUCCAAAUAAACCGUUCUUUUCAAGGUAUAUAUAAUGUUGAAAUACUUACUGAAUAAUUCCAUGAUUGCUUUCUUUUAUUAAUUAUAAAAUUAGUUGAGACAUUAUUGCUGAUAAUAUUGAUUUCUUCAUUAGACUGGACAUCCACUGUGCACGAAAAGGUUUUGCUAUAAAUAUAUCUUUUUCAGGUCCACUUUUUCUUGUAUUUUGUAGUGUUGUAGUGGAUAAGUAAUAUUAUAUAUUUUUUUCUAUUAAUUAGAAAACAAUUAUGUGAAGAAAAAAGUCCAAAGAACUGCUUUUACAACGUAAGUGCCUUUCAAACGCAUCCCCUUGUUCAUAAACUGCUUUUGUAUAACGCUUUACCAUUGUGCAUUUUUGUUAGUUAAAAUUUGUUCGAAAAUUACUUGGCAUUUAAUAUAAAUAGAUGUACAUUAUUUUACUUACUUUUUUAUUUUCUUUAUUCAACAGCGAAUUAUAGAUAAUGAAUGACACAGCAUACAAUUUGUUAUUAUGUAUUUAUACAUUUCAAAAAUAACAGUACUAUUAUAAAUAUAUUUCUCAAAACCCACAAA